AUGCCCCAGCAACGCCUCAAAGAGGUUACUCAACAAAUAAAACACGCACAAGCAAAACAGAUCGACGUAACAAAGGGAAUUCAAGAACGAUCCCAGCAAAUAAAACAGCUUCAAGCCCAAAUUGAUGGAAUAAACAAGCAAUACCAGCCUUCUAGUCAAACUAGGCCGCUAGAAGAAGUGGAGCGUGAGCAGCAAGCACUUGAAGCGAAACUACAGCAACUCCUCAACGAUUUUAGGAAAAAAAAAACACAGCUUGAGCAAGCCCAGAACCUAGCUCAAAAGGCCCAAGCAGAUUUAGGGCAAGAAAUAGCGCAAGAAAAAGCCAAACAAGAUCAAUUGGAGGCGACACAAAGAGCUAAAGGAACGCAUUGA